AUGCACCUCAAAAAACCAAGUCGUGUGUUCAAGUGGCACUGUGAAGCAGUGAGGGCCCGGCGGUGUAGAAUCAUGUCGCUUGCGAUUGAGGUGAGCCUGCUAAGUGGCAGGACGGUUUCAGUUGAAGCCAGACCGGAUGAGUCCGUAGAAACACUGGCCGGGAGAGCACAGGAGUCUUUGGCAGUUGGAAGGGGCAGGCUCUUCUCCUCCCGAGGUGUUCUCAAUGGAGAGGCCACGCUUGAGGAAUGCAAGUUGCAGAGCGGUGAUACACUGACCUUGCAGAUGAGCGGCGUGCGCGUGCGAGGCACUGGACGGGCUUUUGCCGCGAUUCUCGGCGACGGGUCGAUUGUGACCUGGGGUGCUGCCGCCUACGGUGGCAACAGCAGUGCUGUGAAAGAUCAGCUGCAGGAUGUGCGGCAGAUCCAAACCUCCAAAGCUUUUGCUGCGCCUCGGGUCCAUGGGUCAGCUUUUGCUGCCAUUCUCGGCGAUGGGUCUGUGGUGACCUGGGGUAAUUCUCACUGCGGCGGCGACAGCAGUGCUGUGCAGGCUCAGCUGAAGGGCGUGCAGCAGAUCCAAGCUACCGAAACGGCUUUUGCCGCCAUUCGUGACGAUGGCUCUGUUGUGACUUGGGGCAGUUCUCGUUGUGGUGGUGACAGCUGUGCUGUGCAAGACCAGCUGAAGGACGUGCGCCAGAUCCACGCUGCCCGGACGGCUUUCGCUGCCGUUCUGGGCGAUGGGUCAGUUGUGACCUGGGGCUACGCUCAGUUUGGGGGGGACAGCAGUGCUGUGCACGGUCAGCUGAAGGACGUGAAGCACGUCCAAGCUGACGACAUGGCUUUUGCUGCCAUUCUGGGUGAUGGGUCUGCUGUCACCUGGGGCGAGUCUCGCUGUGGUGGCGACCGUAGUGCCGUGAAAGAUCAGUUGAAGGAUGUCCUGCAGAUCCAAGCUACCCGGAUGGCUUUUGCUGCCAUUCUCGGCGAUGGGUCUGUGGUGACCUGGGGUAAUUCUCACUGCGGCGGCGACAGCAGCGCUGUGCAGGGUCAGCUGAAGGGCGUGCAGCAGAUCCAAGCUACCGAAACGGCUUUUGCCGCUAUUCGUGACGAUGGCUCUGUUGUGACUUGGGGCGAGUCUCGCUGUGGCGGCGAAAGCAGGGCUGUGCAGGGCCAGCUGACCGACGUGCAGCAGAUCCAAGCUACCGAAAAGGCUUUUGCCGCCAUCCUUGGUGAUGGCUCUGUUGUGACUUGGGGCUUUGCUGAGGGUGGUGGCGACAGCUGUGUCGUGCAAGGUCAGCUGAAGGGCGUGCAGCACAUUCAAGCUAACCAUGCGGCUUUCGCGGCCAUUUUGGGCGAUGGCUCUGUCGUGACCUGGGGAUAUGCUCCCUUUGGGGGCGACAGCAGCGCUGUGCAAAGUCAGUUGAAGGACGUGCAGCUGAUCCAAGCUACCCGCAUGGCUUUUGCCGCCAUCCUUGGUCAUGGCUCUCUGGUGACCUGGGGCUUUGCUGAGUGUGGGGGGGACAGCAGUGCUGUGCAUGAUUUGCUGAUGAACCCGUAG